CAACUUGAGCGCUUUCGAAACAUCGGCAUCAUGGCGCACAUUGAUGCUGGCAAGACAACGACAACUGAGCGCUUUCUUUUCUUCACGGGUGUGUCGCACAAGAUCGGGGAAGUUCAUGAUGGCGAGGCGGCCAUGGACUGGAUGGAGCAAGAGCGAGAGCGGGGAAUCACCAUCACUGCCGCAGCCACUACGUGUUUCUGGUCAGGCUACAAGGGGAAUCGCCCAAAGCAUCGCAUCAACAUCAUAGACACGCCGGGGCACGUCGAUUUCACAGUCGAAGUGGAGCGCUCACUGCGGGUACUGGACGGAGCGAUUGCGAUCUUUGACGCCGUCGCUGGGGUGGAACCGCAGACCGAAACUGUUUGGCGCCAAGGCGACAAAUUUAAAGUGCCACGUGUGGCGUACAUUAAUAAAAUGGAUCGUUUAGGGGCCGACUUCUUUAGAUGUGUCGAUCAGAUAAAGGAAAGGCUGGGGGGAGAUGCAGUGCCUGUUCAGCUUCCGAUCGGCGCAGAGUCCGGAUUUGAGGGCGUCGUGGACCUUAUUCGGAAUGUCGCUCUUGUGUGGGGUGAGAAGACACCGGAGGACCCCCUAGGGGCUUCUUUUAGGGAGGAGCCAGUGCCGGAGAGCAUGAAAGAGGAUGUUGAACGCUGGCGCGGCGAACUUAUAGGCCGUGCAGCCGAAGCCUCAGAGGAGCUCAUUGCAAAGUAUCUAGACACUGGAACGUUAGAGCUCGACGAUAUCCUCCAUGGGCUGCGGCACCAGACGCUGACGGCGAAUUUGGUGCCCGUGCUUUGCGGCAGCUCCCUCAAGAAUAAAGGGGUUCAGCCCUUAUUGGAUGCAGUCAUUGAUUUCCUACCGUCGCCGCUCGAUAAGCCGCUGGUUCUGGCGCAGCAGUGCAACGGCCAGGGGGAACCCGUACAGCUGCCGCACUCCCCUGAGGGGCCUCUCGCAGCUUUGGCCUUCAAGAUCGCCAGCGACGCCUUCCUAGGAGCUCAAACCUUCGUGCGUGUCUACUCUGGGACCUUAAGGCCGGGUCAGGAAGUGCACAAUCCGCGAACUCGCCAGUCGGAGCGGCUGCAGCGUUUGGUAUUGAUCCACUCGAACGCGAGGAGGGAUGUUAGGCAGCUGCAAGCGGGCGAGAUCGGGGCGGUCCUUGGUCCGAAGAACUUUGCAACGGGUGACACGCUCUCCGAAAAAGCGCAUCCCCUCGUUCUGGAGCCUAUUGAUCUUCCAGAGCCGACGCUGAGCGUCGCUAUUGAGACCGCCAAUAAGCACGAGGCCGAACGCCUCAUCGCCGCUUUGCAGAAACUCGCGAAGGAAGACCCGUCAAUUCGCGUGUCUCUACACCAGGAAACGAAACAGGUCAUCUUGAGCGGCAUGGGGGAGCUCCAUUUGGAGAUCGUCAUGGACCGCCUCCGGCGCGAGCACAACAUCAAGGCGACUACGGGGUCUCCCCAGGUCGCUUACCGAGAGACGUUCAAAGCGAAGGCCUCUGCACGCGGCCGCUACGUGAAGCAGUCCGGAGGAAGGGGGCAGUAUGGAGAGGUGUGGCUAUCGGUGGAGCCGCUGCCACCAGGCAGCGGCAACAAGUUUGUUGAUGCAAUUCGGGGGGGAGUGGUGCCUGGCCAGUUCAUUCCGGCCGUCGAAGAAGGCGUAAUGGAGCAGCUCGAGAAAGGUAUCCUAUCGGGAUCGCCCGUAGUGGACGUGCUGGUAACGCUGUAUGACGGCUCGCACCACCCCGUGGACAGCAGCGAACUCGCCUUCAAGAUCGCAGGAUCUAUGGCCAUCAAGGAGGCAGCGAAGACGGGGAAGCCGACGCUCCUAGAGCCCCUCAUGCUGCUGCAGGUGACUACUCCUCAGGAGUACGUGGGAGACGUUGUUGCGAACAUCACUACCCGGCGAGGGGUCAUGCAGUCCAUGCAGGAUGUGGGCAGCGGGAGGGCGCCCAUCAAAGAACUAAUCGCUCAUGUCCCUCUAGCCGAGCUGUCUCAGUACACUACCUGCCUCAGAUCUCUAACGCAAGGCAGAGCCACGUCAAGUGCGCACCUGCUAAAAUACGUGCCCGCGCCACCUCAUAUCCAGGAGGAAGUUGUUCGGAACCGCUCCGGAACCGUUAGUCCCAGAUAA